CGUCGGUUCUUGCAAGCAACAGACUUUUUACAAUAUAAGCAGGAGAUCGAGAUCCAUGUCCAUCCUCAAGCUCAACAUCCAUGCAGCAUGUAUAAUGUGUUGACGAUACGCGGGCAUCAUGUUGCAGUCUGAUGUUGUGUGUGUUUUCUCUUUUUGCUCGUGGCAUAUGACUGUGGCAGCACUGACUGCUCCUGUUACAAGAACCAAAGAUGACAAGGAAAAGGAUCUUGUUCCUGGUGACGUAACUAUAACAGCACUACUCAGUGGUCAGGAGGAGACUCUAGCAGAAGCAAAUGCGCCGCUCGCAUCUGCUAGUCGUAGUGGCGUGAAUCUUUGCCGGUCGUAGGCGUGACAUGGUGCUUGGUCGCCAAGUUGGUUCGUCACGUCUCCUUUGGGAUAUAGACCAAUUACUACGAGGCAUCCUGACAUGACAUGACACGUAGUAGUUAUGUAGUUUUCAUCAAUCCACCUGAUCCGUGCUAGUACUAGUUGUAGUUCCUUCUGACAACUUAUUUGAGUUGUUGCUCAUUUCAUUUUUCUUGGCUUUCGAAUCCGUUGUGUAAAAACAGUUCAUGAAACCGGCCAUCAUGUCGCUGUUGUAGAAGUUUUUCUUGUUCGUGGUCUGUUUCUGCGUUUUGUGAAGAAGAUUCAGCAAGUAUAUUCAAUAGUAUGCUGAUGUUGCUACAGCAUGAACCAUCAGAAAAGGUGAUCCGAAUCUUCGAUCAUCUACAGGAUGUGAGCUCGUUACUGGAGCUACAGAAGUUCUUGUCAAAAAGAAUAUUUCUUCCUUCAUCCACCUCAUGUGAAGUUCAUCAGUCUGUAUCUGUGUCUGAUUUCAUUUUUCCUCUUUCGAGAAUGAAUGAGUGUUGAUGUAGUGAGUCUUGGAAAAAUUAUGCUUACGAAAAUGUCGGAUAGUAAGUUUAUAUGUGUCUUCUUCAAUGGUUGUUUUGACGGUGCUUCAAUGCAUUUAGACAAUCCGAUAAAAGUUGUACACCUACAUCUUCAACGCUGAGAAUUUCGAGAUUGUAACAAAAGUAGUUGUACAUGUACCAGCAAGGCCAGUUUUACUUGUACUUGUUGACGAUGUCGUAUGUUCUUGAUGAAUCAAUUAGAAUUACAAUUUUUAAGACUAUGUUCUUAGAAGAGUAUUAGAUGAUCUUGGUCGAGUUCUCUGUCGUACAACAUCACAAGGCCACCAAAUAGACCAAGAAUGUCUACCACCUUCUAGGCAAUUAGCGAACUGCCUUAGUGUCGGUCUGAUAAGAUGGUAUAACAUCAAGAGCCAUCUGUUUAUUGAGAAUUUGAAUUAUAAAUAUAUAAUGACUUGGAGUUGUACAAUUUAUACUUAUAACAUCUUCGCGCGACCACGAUAUUGUUGACGAAACUCGAAUAAGUAUGAUUUUUGAUCUGGAAAAAUGAACAACACGAGCAGGACUUACAACGUAUACCUAUACCUAUAGGAAGAAGAAGG